AUCGUCCGGCCAGUCAAUUACCCUAAAGCAUUGCUUUGAGUACAAACCACAGGAAUAUGUGGUGGUAGAGGCAGAAGAAGAGCUGGCUCCCACCAGUGGAAAUGACACCUAUUUACUGACCAUGAUAUUCCAAGGCCGUUUAAAUGGAUCCCUGGUUGGCUUUUAUAGAACAACCUACGUGGAAGAUGGACAAAACAAGAGUAUAGCAGCCACUGAUCAUGAGCCAACAGAUGCACGGAAAUCAUUUCCUUGCUUUGAUGAACCUAACAUAAAGUCAACUUAUAAUAUAUCCAUUUUCCAUGAAGACACAUAUGAAGCUCUGUCAAACAUGCCAGUGGAGCAAAAACGUCCACUGGGCAACGGCUGGACUGUAACAACAUUCCAAAAGUCUGUUCCAAUGAGCACUUACUUAGUGGCUUGGGCUGUACACCAGUUUAAGUUUAUAGAAAAAAUAUCAGACCGAGGAAUUCCUCUCCGUGUUUAUGCCCAGCCCCAGCAGAUACACACAGCAGAAUACGCAGCAACUGUAACUAAAGAGAUAUUUGAUUUCUUUGAAGGAUACUUCAACAUGAACUAUUCUCUUCCCAAACUCGACAAAAUUGCCAUUCCAGAUUUUGGCACUGGGGCCAUGGAGAACUGGGGGUUGAUCACUUACAGAGAAACUAAUCUCCUUUAUGAUCCAAAUGAAUCUGCUGCUUCAAACAAGCAAAGAGUAGCGGCUGUGGUUGCCCAUGAACUUGUUCACCAGUGGUUUGGGAACAUUGUGACCAUGGAUUGGUGGGAAGACUUGUGGCUGAAUGAAGGAUUUGCCAGCUUCUUUGAAUUUCUGGGGGUAAAUGCUACAGAAGGAGAUUGGCAAAUGAUGGACCAAAUUUUGAUUGAGGAUCUGUUCCCUGUUCUGAAGGAGGACUCUUUGUCCUCCUCCCAUGCUAUUGUAGUGAAUGUGUCUUCUCCUGAUGAAAUAACCUCUGUGUUUGAUGGCAUAUCCUACAGCAAAGGAGCAUCGAUUCUCAGAAUGCUGGAAGACUGGAUCUCACCAGAAAAAUUCCAAGCUGGUUGUCAGAAAUAUUUAAAAGAACAUGAAUUCAAAAAUGCAAAAACAAGUGAUUUCUGGAAAGCACUGGGAGAGGUAAGUGGUUAUCCUGUCCAAGAAGUAAUGGACACCUGGACCAGGCAGAUGGGCUACCCUGUGCUGAAUGUUCUUCCAAACUCAACGAUCACACAACAGCGCUUUCUCCUGGAUCCCACGGCAGACCCUUCCCAGCCAGCUUCUGAAUUCGGCUAUAGGUGGAAUAUCCCAGUGAAAUGGUAUGAGGGAGCUGACACUGAUACAAUAUUCUACAAUAAAUCAAAUUUAGCAGGAAUUACUAUUACGCGACCCAACAAUCCUGGUCCCAAUUCUUUCUUGAAAGUGAACCAGGAUCAUGUUGGGUUCUAUCGUGUCAACUAUGAAACACAAGCCUGGGAAGGCUUAGCCAGGAUUAUGAUGAACAGCCACAAGCAAUUUAGUCUGGCAGAUCGCGCUGGCUUUCUGGAGGAUGCGUUUUCAUUGGCCAGGGCUGGACUUCUGAAUUAUAGUUAUGCCUUGAACUUAACACGUUAUCUAAAAAAUGAGGAAGAAUAUAUACCAUGGCAAAGAGCCAUAGUAGCUGUAUCCUAUCUUAGAGACAUGCUUGCGGAUGAUAAUACACUCUAUCCCAAAUUUCAGGAAUAUUUUCGUGAGCUGGUUAGACCCAUUGCAAGUCAACUGGGAUGGGGUAACGAUGGAGUCCACAUCAAUAGUCUCCUCCGUGUGACAGUUUUAGAGUUUGCAUGCAGCAUGGGUGACCAAGAGACUUUGAACAAUGCGUCUAACCUAUUUAAUGACUGGCAACAAGGAACAACAAGCCCAGAUGUAAACCUCCGCCUCUUGGUAUAUCGCUAUGGGAUGCAGAACUCUGGCAAUGAGGACGCCUGGAAUUAUAUGUUUCAGAAGUACCAAAAUACAACAUUAGCUCAAGAAAAGGAGAAGUUGCUAUAUGGCUUGGCAUCAGUGAAAAAUGUCACCCUGUUGGACAGAUUUUUAAAGAACAUCAUGGAUCCAAAUCUCAUUAAAAGUCAAGACGUGUUCACUGUCUUGAGAUACAUCUCCUAUAACAGCUAUGGCAAAACAAUGGCUUGGGACUGGGUACGUCUCAACUGGGAAUAUUUGGUUAGCAGAUACACUCUCAAUGACAGAAACCUUGGUCGCCUAGUGUCAAGAAUAACAGAAACCUUCAACACAGAACUCCAGCUUUGGCAGAUGGAAAACUUCUUUGAGAAAUAUUCUAAUGCUGGAGCUGGAGCAGCAUCCAGGAUUCAGAGUAUUGAAACGGUGAAGGGCAACAUUGAAUGGUUAAAGCGAUACCGAGAAGAGAUUGCAGCAUGGUUUUCGAAUUAAACUUGAUCAUCCUUUGAACCUUAUACAAAUCUUUAGGACUUUCAAAGUACAGCAAAAUGAGGAUUUGUAGAAAUCCUGCUUUCAGACCCUGAUAAAGCUGCCAGUUCUGUCGGAGGAAACAACACUGGGAUAGAAUAAUUUAUUGAAAUGUAUGUUCAAAUAAGCAGACGGCAAUGCUAGAUCCUCAAAACAUUGAAUGUCCAUUAAUACAUUUGUUCUCCUUUUAGUGGGGCUACUUAUAGAGUGAAAAAUUAUCAUGCUCACAUAGCUCAUUAGAUUAUCCUAGUCCUCUUUGUGAGGAUCACUGGUGUGUGUACUUACCACACAUAGACACACACUCCUUUGAAAAUGAGUCCUUUGUUUAUCCCACACCCACAUUAUUCCAUGUACUCAGGGCACCCUUCCAAACGUACCUUAACAGCGAUCCAUUCCAAAUCUAGAAUUUUUGCCUCUGGCUCUCCUGAGGAAAAUUAAAUGAGAAUCUUUCUCUCCCUCAGAGGAUGUUCAUGCUUUGUAAAACAAUCCUCAAACACAUUAUCCUCCACUGUAUAUACAGGUAGCCUAUUAUUUCCAAUCAUUUGCAGCGUUUUGUAACGAUAGCAGGGCAGUGAAACGACACUGCAAAGCAGACUGUGCUAUCUGUGUGUUACCGAAGUGACCCUGGAGAAGCAAUGGCUCCCUGGGAGGGUACCUGAUCGGCAUACAAAAGGUCUCACAUCCAAGAAUUUCAGGCCCGAAUGUAACAUGCAGUCAAAUUACAUAGCAGACAGCUCCAGUUACAGGUA